UGAGCCGGUCCUUUCCUAACUCGUUGACUCUGUCCCGCCAAUGAACUGUCAAAUCGAAUCAUUGAUUUUAAAUCCGAUUUGAUUUAAAUUUUAAAAAGAGAAAAGGACCAGAUUGUCUACAGUUCUCGCUGUUUUCUUCCUCGAUGCUCCUGCUCCACCUCCUUCCAUAUCUCCGACGUCUCACUGUGAGAAUAUAUCCAUAUCGAAACUCCAACACAGUCUGUCAAUUCCAGUGGAAUCCGUAUCCAACCACAACUACACACCGUCUCUCUCCAUCUCACAAAAACCGAAAAAACAAAAGCAACAAGAUGGAAUCUAUUUUCUUAGCGGGGACCAUCUACCUCUAUUAGCGUGAAACUCCAUCCUAGGCUCAUAUCAUAUCUCCCUUCUCCCCAGAAAAUAAAAAAAGAGGAGAAAAAUCUUACCUCUUUCUGUAGACUGCAGGACACUUUCGCUUUCACCGUCCUUCGCCGGAUGAUCAUUAACCUAAUCUUUAAGCCUGGGCAAGCGAUUCUCUGAUAAGCUAGAAGGGGUUUUCGGUUUGUGUUUUGAAAGCUCUUGAUAGAUUGCAUAUACCUUCAAGACAUAUAAAGAUCAAGUCGAGAAAUACCCUCUGCUGUGCUAUUCUUCAUACUCUUGCACAUCAUGCUUAAGAUCCCAGAACAUCAAGUUGCAGGACAUAAAGCAUGUGAUGGACUGCUUGGCCCUCUCAUAGACGAUUCAGGGCGCUUUUACAAGCCUCUUCAAGAUGAUGAGCGCGGCUCUAGGGAGGUGGCCUUUUACACAUCCUUCUCAUCCAAUACAAGGGUUCCAGAUCACAUCAGGAAAUUCUUUCCUAUCUUCUAUGGCAUUCAACUCUUAGAGGCAUCUGAUGGGUCUGGAUUGCGUCCCCACCUUGUCUUGCAGGAUGUUGUCUCAGGUCACUUGCAUCCGUCCAUUAUGGACAUUAAGAUUGGUUCUAGAACAUGGUAUCCAGAAGCGCCUGAGGACUAUAUCCAACGGUGCCUCAAGAAAGAUAGAGAAACCAGUAGCUUGUCAUUGGGUUUUAGAGUAUCUGGCUUGCAGGUGCAUGGCAACAAGGAGUCAGGAUUCUGGAAACCUGAGAGGAAGGCUGUCCAGAGGCUUACUGCAGAUGAGGUUAGGUUGGUCCUGAGCAAGUUUGUUUCAUCCAACCCUUCUGAUGAUCCAAAAGCAGUACGAGAUAGUUUAUUCGCAUCCAGUGUUUAUGGUGGUUCUACUGGCAUUUUGGCCCAGCUAUUAGAGCUGAAGGCAUGGUUUGAGGAUCAAACGAUUUACCACUUCAAUUCUUGUUCAGUUCUCAUUGUGUAUGAAAAGGAGUCUAUUCUAAAAGGAGGGAGUUCAGGUGCUGAAAUUAAACUUAUAGACUUUGCUCAUGUUGUAGAAGGCAAUGGUGUUAUUGAUCAUAACUUCUUGGGCGGAGUUUGUUCUUUGAUAAAGUUUAUAUCUGAGAUUCUUACCACUCCAGAUGAAUGUUCAACCCAAACAUGUUUGCAGGACUCUGACAAGAGCUCUGUUUGCAAUGGGGACAGCAAAAGGGAGUGAACAGAGCAUUUACAAUGCUUAAGUACUUGGAAUUGAAUUACUUCUAUUAUGCCUUUAACUUUUUAUCCAUCGAGGUUGAUGAGACUGUCGGAAUUUGCAUCGACUUGUUGAAGAAUUUUUUUCUAUGGAAUUGUAGUUUUGGUUAAUGAGAGAAAUAAUCCAUGGACUUGAAAUCCAUUUGGACUUUAACAUGCUCA